GGAGGUAAAUGUUUUUGCAGGCCAGUGUUGUAUUUGACAAAGCUUUAGAAACCUUGCCGUCCACUGCUCUUCCUGAUUAAGGUGUUUCAAGAUGUCCAGAAGUUUGCCCACCUCUUCCGAUGGGUCCAUUGGCCUCAAAUAUGGCUUCUGGUGGCAACAGACAAUGCUUCGGAUUAAGGACCCAGCAGCGUCUCUGCCUUUCUACGAAAAGAACUUUGGGAUGAAAUGCAUUCACUCGUAUCAUUUCCCUGAAAACAAGUUCUCGCUGUAUUUUUUGGAGCGGCCUCACGACAGUGAACACGUGCCAAGCGGAAACGGAGAAGAAAGCGAGCGUUAUCUGUGGAGCAUGAAGGGGACGUGCUUGGAGCUCACUCACAAUCACGGAACUGAGAACGACCCAUCCUUUCAUGUCAACCAUGGCAACGUGGAGCCCCAUCGAGGUUUUGGUCAUAUCGCUUUCAACACGGAAAACGUCCAAGCAGCGUGCGAAAAGCUGGAACAGAACGGAGUCAAGUUUCAAAAGCGGCCGGAGGAGGGGAAAAUGAGGAAUAUCGCGUUUGUUCUCGAUCCAGAUGGAUACUGGAUAGAAUUGGUUUCUCGGGCACCGCAUUCCCCUCUAAGAGAGGAGUACAAUUUAUCUCAGACGAUGAUUCGGAUCAAAGAUCCGUCUGAGUCACUCCCGUUCUACACGGGAAAACUUGGUAUGCGGCUCGUGCGCGAAAGCCACUUUGACGAUUUUUCUUUGUACUUUCUGGCUUGCAUAUCGCCAGAUGUUGAGCUUCCAGACCCAAAAAGCGACGAGGCGCGAAUAUACGUCAAAAAUAUGUGGCAGCCAGUAUUAGAGCUCACACACAAUCACGGCACUGAACAGGAUCCCGGCUUCCGGUAUCACAACGGGAAUGACAAGCCCCAAGGGUACGGACAUAUCGGCUUCCUCUGCGAUGACCUGGAAGGAGCAUGCAAGGAAUUGAACGCGGCAGGUGUUGCUUUCCGAAAGAAGCCAGAGGAAGGCAGUAUGCGGGGUCUCGCUUUCAUUUACGACCCAGAUGGAUAUAGCAUCGAGCUGAUUCAGCGUGGGGUUUCGUUCCUUUCAAAGAAGUAAUGCGUCAGAUCUCGCGACGGAAACGGACCACCGGGCACUGUAUAUGGAGUGGGAGCUUCUAGGAAUGGCAAUCAGACACACGCCUCCAACAGCGGUGUGUCUUCGGCUGCAAGCCGGAGAUGGUGUCUCUGGCGCCGUUCACGGAGGUUACCAAACAAGUUCGAUCGACGAGUAUUUCGUGUGCGACGCAGGAACACUGCAGACUGAUGAGAGUAGAAUUCUUCUACCGUGAUGUGCUACAUCCUUAAUGAGGGCGUUCAUUUUCCCCAGGGCACUUGCUAAGUCCAGCCUUGCUUGUCGAGAGACACGCCGUGUUGUUUGAAUUCGCAAGUCAGACAUGUACGAUCUAAUUAUGACGGCAUUUAUAGUCGCCGUACUAAGAUCGCUUGCGACGAUGUUGUUAAGUAGUGAUUUGAGUUUAUUAAGUGUUUGCAAGGCUUAUUGUGAUCACACAAACCAUGAGUGGUUGGCGAACCACAAAGUCGAGCCGAAAUAGAGAUCGCGCUUAGCUAAUGCAUCGGCAAUUGUUUAUUACCACGGCGUGCUCAUGGAUUGCCCGGCAAAAGAAGAAUAGCAGCUGUGG